CUGAGAGAUACGGUGACAAAAACACAGCUUUUUAGGGUGAAAAAACUCGCCGGUGAAAAAGGGGAAAAAGGGGUAAACAGUAGAAACACAAUCUGGGAAAGGCGUCACCCACCGAUAAAUCCAUCGUCGUCGUCGUCAUCAUCAUCAUCGUCAUCAUAUUCUUCUUCUUCUUCUUCUUCGAGAGGCAUAUGUAUAAAUAGUUCUCACUCACUGUCACACUGUAAUCUCUGUACCGGAGAUAAAGAGAGAGAACUGCAGAAAUGGCGAGCCCACAUAAGCCGUGGAGGGCGGAGUAUGCCAAGUCCUCCAGGUCUUCCUGCAAGUCUUGCAAGUCCGCCAUUAACAAGGAGGUCUUUCGUCUUGGAAAGUUGGUUCAAGCUUCUCAAUUCGAUGGCGUCAUGCCCAUGUGGCACCAUGCUGCUUGUAUACUGAAGAAAAACAAGCAGAUAAAAGCAGCUGAUGAUGUUGAAGGCUUGGAAUCACUUCGUUGGGAAGAUCAGCAAAAGAUAAGAAAAUAUGUCGACUCUGGAGCAGGGAAUAGCACAAGCACGAGCACGGGCACAAGCAGCAGCGGUGGAAAUGCUAAGCUAGAAUAUGGGAUUGAAGUGUCACAGACUUCUCGUGCUGGUUGUAGAAAGUGUAGCGAAAAGAUCAUGAAAGGAGAGGUACGUAUAUUCUCUAAGACUGAAGGUCCGGGUAACAAGGGUUUGAUGUGGUACCACGCAAAAUGUUUCCUUGAGAUGUCUUCCUCUACUGAACUGGAAAGUUUGCCUGGGUGGGGAAGCAUACCAGACUCAGAUCAAAAAGCUCUCCUUCCCUCGGUGAAGAAAGCUCCGCCAGCAGCCAAAACUGAUACAGCGGAAGCACGUCAAACAAAUGUAAAAGCAGGCACAAAACGAAGAAAUGAUUCUGGUGAUAGCGAGAAGUCAAAACUAGCUAAGACUAGUUUUGACAUGUCCACGAGCGGUGCUUUACAACCUUGUAGCAAAGAAAAGGAAAUGGAAGCCCAAAUUAAGGAAUUAUGGGACCUGAAGGAUGACCUGAAAAAACAUGUGUCAACAGCUGAGUUGCGGGAAAUGCUUGAAGUAAAUGAACAAAGCACAAGAGGAUCAGAGUUUGAUCUGCGGGAUAAAUGUGCCGAUGGCAUGAUGUUUGGUCCACUCGCUCUCUGCCCAGUUUGCUCUAGUCACCUUUCUUUUUCGGGAGGAAUUUACCAAUGCCAUGGUUACAUCUCGGAAUGGAGCAAGUGUUCUUAUACCACUUCUGAUCCAGACCGCAUCAAAGGGAAGUGGAAAAUCCCUGAAGAAACAGAAAAUCAGUUCCUUCUGAAGUGGAAUAAGUCGCAAAAGAGUGUGAAGCCAAAGCGUAUUCUGAACCCUAUAACAUCUGGUGGAACAUCUCAGGGUAAAGUAACUAAAGAUGCAGCUGCCUCCUCAAGGAGUGAAAAGCUGGAUGAUCUUAGAGUUUCAGUUGCCGGAUCCUCUAAGGAACGCCAAGCCUGGAAGACGAAAAUUGAGGAAGCCGGUGCAGAAUAUCAUGCUACUGUUAAGAAAGGUUCAAGCUGUUUGGUUGUUUGUGGCCCUACAGAUAUGCAAGAUGCUGAAAUGAAAAAAGCAAGGAGGAUGAAAGUGGCAAUCGUUAGAGAGGAUUAUUUGGUUGACUGUUUUAAAAAGCAGAGGAAGCUUCCAUUUGACAAGUACAGAAUUGAAGACGCUGGUGAGGGAAUGGUCACUGUUAAAGUAAAAGGGCGAAGCGCCGUGCAUGAAGCGUCUGGCCUCCAAGAGCACUGUCACAUUCUGGAAGAUGGGAACAGUAUCUACAACACAACUCUGAGCAUGUCUGAUCUUUCUACCGGUAUCAAUAGUUAUUACAUACUCCAGAUAAUCCAAGAAGAUAAAGGUUCAGAUUGCUACGUAUUUCGCAAAUGGGGCCGAGUUGGAAAUGAAAAGAUUGGUGGUAACAAACUGGAAGAGAUGCCGAAGUCUGAUGCAGUUCACGAAUUCAAGCGUCUAUUUCUCGAAAAGACUGGAAACACAUGGGAAUCUUGGGAACAAAAGAAGAAUUUCCAGAAGCAACCUGGAAGAUUUCUCCCGUUGGAGAUUGAUUAUGGAGUUAACAAGCAAGUAGCAAAAAAAGAGCCAGUUCAGACCAUUAGCAACCUUGCUCCUCCAUUAGUAGAAUUGAUGAGGAUGCUUUUUGAUGUGGAAACAUACCGAGCUGCUAUGAUGGAGUUCGAGAUAAAUAUGUCAGAGAUGCCACUUGGGAAACUUAGCAAACAUAAUAUACAGAAGGGUUUUGAGGCAUUGACGGAGAUACAGAAGCUAUUGACUGAAAGCGACCCCCAGCCUUCUAUCAAAGAAAACUUGCUUGUGGAUGCUAGUAAUAGAUUUUUUACCAUGAUCCCUUCUAUCCAUCCUCAUAUUAUCCGAGAUGAAGAUGACUUUAAGUCAAAGGUGAAAAUGCUUGAGGCUCUGCAGGAUAUCGAGAUAGCUUCAAGAUUAGUUGGCUUUGAUGCUGAUAGCUCUGAAUCUCUCGAUGAUAAAUAUAAGAAGUUGCAUUGUGACAUUUCACCACUUCCCCAUGAUAGUGAUGAUUACCUGUUAAUAGAGAAGUAUCUCAACACAACUCAUGCCCCAACACAUACAGAGUGGAGUCUUGAACUGGAGGAAGUUUUUGCUCUUGAAAGAGAAGGAGAGUUUGAUAAAUACUCUCCUUACAGAGAAAAACUUGGCAAUAAGAUGCUCUUAUGGCACGGUUCCCGAUUGACGAAUUUUGUUGGAAUUCUGAACCAAGGACUGAGAAUUGCGCCUCCAGAAGCUCCUGCUACUGGCUACAUGUUUGGUAAGGGGAUCUACUUCGCUGACCUUGUCAGUAAAAGUGCCCAGUACUGCUUCACUGGUAAGGAAAACCCGGUGGGUCUAAUGCUUCUGAGUGAAGUUGCAUUGGGAGAAGUCCACGAGCUAACAAAAGCCAAGUACAUGGAUAAACCUCCGAGAGGGAAACACUCAACCAAAGGGCUUGGCAAGAAAGUGCCUCAGGAAUCGGAGUUUGCCAAGUGGAGAGAUGAUGUGACUGUUCCUUGUGGAAAACCUGUUCCAUCGAAGGCCAAGGCUUCUGAGCUUAUGUACAACGAGUAUAUCGUCUACAAUACAUCCCAGGUGAAGUUGCAGUUCCUGUUGAAAGUAAGGUUUAAGCACAAGAGAUGAGCUCGGAGCCAAACAGGAAGAAACCAUACUAACUAGAUCUUUUUUGGGAAAUCGAAUCCAAGAUGAAGACACAACUUUUGUAACUAAAUGUCUUUUGGGAUAUCGAGAAUCCAACGUGAAGACGUAGCUUUUGUCUCUCUGGCUUUGUAGUUGUGUCUGGUCUUAAAACAGCCUACAUUACAUUUUGUUAUGCUAUUUCUCUGUAACCAAUCUUUUUGGCCACUUGUUUAGAACUAAUGUUGUUUCUAUGCAGCAAUUAUAUUCUAAGAGAAAUAUGGUUGGCUGAUUCGAUUUCUGAGAUGCAAAGCUUCGAAAAGUCGAUAGGAAAGAAGAUUCUAGAAGAAUUUAAGUUCCAAUCUCUCACAAACUAGUCACUUGUACUCAAACAGGCCAUGGAAACAUGACUUCCUGGUAGUAAAGAGAUUCAUUUGAGCUACAAAACGACUCAUUAUGAUCCAUGGACGUUGAUGCAACAUCACUCAUCUGGUUAAGGUUGGAGUCGGAGACUACUUGAUGGAACCAACUGUGAAGAUCUUGGGGCAUAUCUUGAGCUAGAACCUUCUCUUGUUCCGUACAGUUCUCUUGAGGAAACUUUCUAGAAGCUUCUUCUCUAAGAAGGACCACUUGUGCUUGAAGAAAAACCUGUUGCUGGAGGGAGAAGAUUUGGGAGACGCAGCCGUAGAUAGGAUCAUGGAGACGAGAGUGAGCCUCGUAAGAGAUGGUUCGUACAGCUUCGCAACGGUCAUGAACAGGGAGAUGAGAAAUGAGCUUAGAGAAGUUGCUGGCUCCAAACACUUUGUGAAUGGCUGCAAAGUUAGAAGAUCCUUCUUCGUAGCAAAAGUAUGGUGCAAAUACACAACCUUCUACACAUUUCCUACGCAAGAACUUGCAUCCUCCACAUGGUGAACCUAAACCUCCCAUUCUUAACAAUGUAAUAAUCUUUAGUUAACCAAAUACUGUUUUGGAGGAAGAUUAAUACUACUAUUGACGAUUAUAUAGUGU